AGGAGCGGAGCGGAGGAGCGGGCCUGUGCGCUUCAUGAUGCCGCUGAGCCGGGAAGCAGGAGGCGGGGGGCAGCCGGGUCUGCAGAGCCCGGAGCCCCGCGGCGAGGAGCCGGGCCCCGGGCCCGCAGGGGCUGGUCUCUGCGGCCUGGUGAACUGGAGACAGAGACCGGGCAGGACCUCCGUGCUGUGUGCUGCAGCCAACAUGCUGAUGUGGCUCGUGGCCUUCAGUCCUCUCCGAGCCUUCAGUCUGCUGGCCGUCCUGCUGGUCCUGCUGGUUCUCAUCGUGACCGUCAGAGACCUGGCUCGGUCCAGAUGCACAGGAGCUCACUCAUGGCGCAGCAUGACUGCAAGCUGGGAGAUCAUCGACUCGGGCCAGGACGGCCGGUCGGGGUCUGGACCUCAUCUCAGGGACUCCAUCAACCUUUUCCUCCAGGAGACUUCGGCUUUCAAACAGCAAAACCCCGGCAAGUUCUGCCUGCUGGUCUGCAGCCUCUGCACCUUCUUCGCUGUGGUAGGACGCUACAUCCCAGGGAUGGUCAUCUUGUAUAUUCUCGUGCUGGGCGUCUUCCUGUGGCCUCUGAUCUCAUCUCAUGACAUCCGUCUGUGGCUGGAGCCGGUUCUGCAGAAGCUGGACUUUGGCAUUGGAGAGCUCCUCCAGAAAAUCAAAGAAAACCAUGAGAAGAGAAUGAUGCAGACUCAGACUGAGGCGGGGGUGGAGUCCGACCUGUCCUCCAUGUUCCCUCAGCUCGACUCCACCGGGUGUAAGGACAUGUCCGUAUCGGACACGGAGGUCUCUGAGGUGACGUGGACGGACAACGGCACUUUCAACCUCUCAGAAGGACACACACCACAGACGGAGAACUCAGAGGACCUCGACAGAGAGGAGGCGUUCCUCGGUGGCCUCCAAGAAUUCCCUUCACUCGACAACGGCACAACGACCAAUGGCGACGACAGCGAUGACCUCGGCCUCCCCUUGCCAAUCAAAUCCAAGCAUACACCCCCUCCUCACAAAGACCAAUCAGAGGACACAGCGCUCGAACUGGUCAACCAGAUGGCGGGAGACUUCAUCGCCGCCGCGGUUACAGCUGCCAUCCAGGAGAGAAUAGAAGCAGCCGUGGGCUUCCCGGCAUCGAGCCACGGCACGGACCGGUCCGGACUCCGGGAGUCCACCAGGCUGCUGGAGCUGGCCGAGGAGUCGGACAGCGAGGUGGAGGACUUUGAGCUGUUGGACCAGUCGGAGCUGGAGCAGCUGGAGGGGGAACUGGGGCUGGGAGAGAAGAAGACCCAGGUCAAAGAGGAGGCACCGGCCAAGACGGACGGGUCGGCCUCAACUGGAUUCUUCACCAAACUCCUCAGACGCCAGUGAUUGAUAAUAGAGAACGGUCGCAGGGCGGAAGGAGGAGUCCACGAGGACAUGGGGAGGGGGAGGUGGGGGCGCUCUGCUCACAGGAAACUGGGGUGUUAUGAGAAAACAUGUUUCCAUUAAUCUUUUACUCUUUUCAGCCCAAUGCUCAGAUCAGACACGCAGGGUCAGACACUCACAAAGAACAUAACUCACCAUAACUCAAGGUCCAUUAAGCCUUAAAGGUCUCGUGGUAGGAUGAAGUAAAUCGAGAUUAAUAUUCACGAGUUAGUUAAUGAGUGAGUCCGCCAUGUUGCACCGUCGUGUUUCUACAGCAUGUCGACCUGACUUGGGAAUUUGGUUGGUGGAAAUUUGCUGCUUACUCCACUAGAUGGCGUUAAAAACACUACACACUGAACCUUUAAAUUAUUAAAUUGCAUUUAUAAGUCAGUAACGAAGGUAACCAGGAUGUUCCAUCUGUGCGUUAACUCAUUCAAGGUUGAGUCUGCGUGAGAGGGAGAAAACACAAGUGUCAAUAAUUCUUGUAGAGUCUCACAUGCUGCAUGUUUUGUCCGGUGGGGUCCGGACUCGUUGUAGACGUCAGUGCAGAUAAGACGUCUUCUCCAGUUCCGAGGUCUGCACGAGAAGCUGAAGCUGGAAACGUGCUGGACAAGAGAAAGAGGCGGAUGUCUCUGUCCCACGGAACGGGACCGGGGGGGAAAGAGGAUGAGCUUGGACCUGAGGUCGUUCAGGGACUAAGAUUCUGUGUUGUCUGGUCCCGGCACCACAGCUUUCUGAUUGGCUGAGGGCUAAGAACUUUUCAUCAGUUGCACGUCUGAUUGUUGAGGUUAACAAGUCAAACUAUAACGUAGUUGUAAGUAAACAAGGGCAUUUGAACAUAUGUAUCAAUGUUUAUUUAAACAGAUUUAACUCCCGUGCAGAACCUGCUGAACUAACAGUGACAUCAUCACAUCAUCAAAAUGUGAAGCACUUUAAAACUCGUCCAGAGGCUGAAGCUCCACGCUUGAGCCUGGAAAUACUCGUGUGACAAAAACAGUUUUAAAAACCCCAUGACACUAAAAUCAUUUAUUUCCAUCUUACAUCUAAAUCUCCGUCUUUUCUCUUCUUGCGUCCAAUCAGAAAGCUUUCUGGACUUGUUUACUUCCUCGUUGUGACAAUACAUUAUGACAGUUAGACUCAAGGAACCGUUCAUCGGUUACAUCCGAGGUCGAAGGUGGCGAGACGUCUUCAUGACGCUCCAUGUCGAGCCACCAGGGGGCGUGACGCCAAGCAACGCUAUUAGCCAAUCAACAUCCACGACAGUUCCCACCAUAGCUUUGUGUUGUUAGUAAACAUGUAGAAUCCAGCUGCGCUCUGACAAAUGUGAAAGUUGAUAUUAUAAAAAACUUAUUUUGUAAGAUUAAAACUGUGUUCUGCGAAUUAAUCAUAAUUUAUACACUUUAAAUGUCCCUUAAAUCUUACAACUCGUUUAUAUUUUGUUAUUAAACUUUUAAUGACGACACAUUGCAGAUGAAUGCUGGGUUAAAACACAGGGUUAGAAUUACGUGUGUCCGUUUAAAUGUGUUGACAUUAUAUGUAAACAUGUAUUUCUUUAAAUGUUGGGGAAUACAAGCUUGACUCAUACGUAACGUGAAGAGAUAAUAGUAUCAAAUGUAUUUCAGCCGCUGUCAUGUAUAAUCAUUCAAACCCACAAUCCGUCUUUUCAGCAUUACACACUUCUAGUGGUUGGAUUGUCGAGGUUGAAAAGUAGGAGCACUUUUAUUUAACCACAACAAAACUCAAAAUACUAUGCAUGCAGAUCUCAUUCUGAGACUUAAACUUAUGAAAACAAACAUUUUGCUUCCACUGCUUCAACACGUCUUCGGGCACAGGUUUGAAAACUGAACAUGACAAAUAGAGCAUAUCUCUGGGGUGAGGGGUGUUCAGCUGCAACACGACACUUCACCACUAGGUGUCACUGAAUCCUACACACUGGACCUUUAAGUCACCUUGUCUGGGGGACUCUUACCAAUCUGGUUCAGUCUACUUUCAAGUCCUGAAUAAAAUCACAGGCCAAACAGUCCUGGUUGCAUUCAGACCCGAUCCGAAGCCCUGGAGGCAUCUUCUCACUCCAUCAAUCCAAGUCCUCCUUCAUGCACUUUACACUAGACCCCCCCCCCGCCUGCCUUUAAACACGUGUUGUCCCCGUUGAGAACGUUGGGAGCAGAGAACUGGAACGGGAACCAACCCGAGGUGAUUCCACACAAAGCAACGAGUGCCUGCCAAGUUGUAGCUAC